AUGUCCAUCGAGGUUUUCCAUCUGCGUCUCUCGCAAUCUGAGAGGAUUGUGUGGUUGUUGGAGGAGUUACAAGUUCCCUACAAAUUGCACGCCUUUGAUCGGGAUCCCAAGUCUGCUCUCGCGCCAAAGGAGAUCAAGGAUCUGAACCCCGCUGGCACUGCGCCCUAUUUCCGCGACAGCACUGUUUCACCGCCAGUUGAGAUCUCGGAAUCUGGCGCCACCGUCGAGUACAUUCUAACGGUUCACGGCUCCAAGAUUGGCUCUGGUGCACCUAGACUGCGACGAACCCCCGAUGAUGCCGACUAUGCUGCCUAUCUUGAAUGGUUUCAUUUCGCUAACGGCACUCUCCAACCCGCUCUCAGCCGCUCCAUGACCAUUUUGUUUGCCGGCGUUUUAGAAAGCGGUUCAGGUAAGCGAGCGGAAGCUAGGCUCCAUAGCAUUCUGAAGUUGGUAGACGACCGCUUGGCCAAAACCCAAUGGCUCGCUGGGCAGGACUUGAGCGCGGCGGAUAUCAUGACCGUUUUUUCUCUCACAACCAUGCGCGGCUUCUAUCCGCUCCUGGACCUGUCGCAAUACAACAACAUCCUGAGAUACCUAAAGGACGUCGCAGAACGCCCUGCUUACCGCGAAGCCCUGAAGAAGGCGGACAAGGGAAUGGAGCCUAUGAUUGGACCAAAGGUUGAGGGAUUCAAGCAGUUCGAAUCAAUUGGCGCAUUGUUCGAGUCGUUGGGGCUCUAA